AUGGCUGAAGCUCACUUCACAGCUCCCCUAAGCCAGGGCUUUGGCUACGGCAUCGUGGUCGGCCUGGGAUUCGCCUUUGCAUUGUUGAUGAUCUUCAUCACCUGGGCGCUGAAACGAUACCAACAUGAAGUCCAAACCUCAGAAAUGUUCUCCACUGCUGGCCGUACAGUCAAGUCUGGUCUGGUCGCAUCAGCAGUCGUCAGUAGUUGGACAUGGGCUGCCACUCUUCUGCAGUCGUCCACCGUCGCCUACGAAUAUGGAGUCUCUGGUCCAUUCUACUAUGCAGCCGGUGCCACGGUACAGAUUCUCCUGUUUGCGACCUUGGCCAUUGAAUUAAAACGUCGCGCCCCCAAUGCACACACAUUCCUUGAAGUUAUUCGAGCUCGUUACGGCACCGUAGUGCACUGCGUGUUCAUCGUGUUUUGUCUUAUGACAAACAUUCUCGUGACGGCCAUGUUGUUGACUGGAGGAUCGGCCGUGCUACAUGCGCUUACUGGCAUGUCGACACCCGCUGCGUGUUUCUUGCUCCCUAUAGGUGUGGUCUUGUAUACCGUCUUUGGUGGUAUCAAGGCAACCUUCAUUACCGAUUAUUUGCAUACCAUCGUCAUUGUCGUCAUCAUCUUCACCUUUGCGUUCAACACAUAUGCCGUGAGCCCCGCACUAGGAUCCCCCGGCAAGGUGUACGACAUCUUGACAGCAGCUGCCAAAGCCAGCCCCGUGGCUGGAAAUUCGGGUGGUAGUUAUCUGACCAUGCAUUCUCGCGAGGGAGGAAUCUUCUUUGUGAUCAACCUAGUCGGUAACUUUGGAACCGUCUUCUUGGAUAAUGGAUACUACAACAAGGCUAUUGCCGCUAGUCCCGUGCACGCAUUUCCCGGAUAUGUUAUUGGAGGAUUGUGUUGGUUCGCCAUCCCCUGGCUUUGCGCGACGACCAUGGGAUUGACGGCACUCGCUCUGCAGGGAGAUGCAAUCCUCAGCUCAACGGAUGUGACAGCCGGUCUUGUCCUGCCGUAUGCCGCGGUGCAGAUGAUGGGCUACGGCGGUGCGGUCGCUACAACGCUCAUGGUCUUCAUGGCCGUGACCUCUGCAUUUUCCGCACAAUUGAUCGCUGUAUCCUCGGUCUUCACCUAUGACAUCUUCCAAGCAUAUGUCCAACCCUCAGCAAAGGGUAAGAGACUUGUGUGGAUCUCUCACAUGGCUUGUGUCGUCUACGCUUUGAUCAUGGCCGGAUUCGCUACUGGUCUUUAUUAUGCCGGUGUCGGAAUGGGCUAUCUGUAUCUGCUUAUGGGCGUCAUCAUCUCGUCUGCAGUCAUCCCUGGCGCCAUGACUCUAUUGUGGAAAGGACAGAACUGGGUUGCAGCUGCGGUCUCGCCUCCAUUGGGUCUAGCCUGUGCUUUAAUUGCAUGGUUGGUUACGGCCAAGUCUUUAUACGGUGAACUGACCGUCACCACCACUGGGUCCAAUUACCCCAUGCUUGCAGGCAACGUCGUCGCCCUCCUCAGCCCUCUCAUCUUCAUCCCUAUUCUAACGCUAAUAUUCGGCCAACAAAACUACGACUACGAAUCGAUGCGCAACAUCCGCAAAGUCGAUGACUCGGACGUCGCCGCCGACGCUCACGUCGAUCUGGAGCUUAUUCCCGGCGAAGCAGCAAACUUCGCACAGGAAAUGACCGAAGAGGAGACCCACAAACUCAACCGUGCCGCGUUUUAUGCGCGCACACUCACCGUGAUCAUGACGCUGUGUCUGUUGAUCCUCUGGCCUAUGCCCAUGUACGGAUCAGGAUACGUCUUUAGCAAGAAAUUUUUCACAGGCUGGGUCGUUGUCGGUAUUUUGUGGCUGUUCGGAACUGCGUUUGGAGUUGUCAUUUUCCCAUUGUAUGAAGGCCGAGGUAGUAUUGUGUAUACCAUCAAGGCGAUGUGGUUAGAUGCCACGGGCAAAAGGAAGCCUGUUAAUGCGGUUCAUGUAGCUGCCGAAAGAGAGGACAGCGGUCAAGUGACGCCUACAUCGCCGACGCCGGAUGAGAAAUUGUCUGUCAAGACUUGA